GUUACGGGCACCUGGUGGUUUCCCGGUGGGACCUUCCGCAAAGAAGGGCUUCAUCUCGAACUUGUUGUCGAUCUCCUGCUGCUCGGUGGCUGUCUUUUUCACACCCGGAUGAAUCACUCAUGUUUCGAUGUGGUACGGGUAGUCUGUGCCGCAACCUGAGACAUCAGUUUUGCCGGUGACACUCGAACUUGUGGGUUGCUCGUGUCUUUCGCUGCUGGUGUCACUGUAGUCGAUCAAUGUGCAUUGAGCUGAGCACCUCCGCCUGAGGAUUUGUCCUCAGUCAAACCUUUUGAGUGUGGUAAUAGUGGCAUAAAAUGAAUCCAUUGACUUACUAGACGUAUACCUAAGCACCACAAGCAAAAGCAGCAAAAAGGCAAGCUGUCGUGGUUUUUCCCGAGUUGCGGCCUGUCGAGAUACUUGUGGGAUUGCAUAGCAGGAUGAAUUUCGGAGCGAGUGAGUAGAUUUGGUCGGUUUGCGAUUGUGGGUACUGCAUCGAAAUUACUAUCUGGUGAGGAAGUUUGGUGAGUGCAAUGUCUUUGGGAGAUCAGUCUUGACCGUGCACUCUGCGUUCCUUGUUCCGAAGAUUUCAAGCUUUAGGGCACAUAUUUCGUCCUCUCCGUCGUCUUCCCCAUUGUGUACGAGGAGGUUACCCUUAUCGACUGGAUUGGUGCAGAGCUCACAGGUGAUUGUGAAAAGUGAGCUCCUGCUGUCAACUUUUGUUUAGUUUCAAUGGACGGUUCAUCGGGGAACUCUCCUGCUGGGGUGAUAGAGAAACCGGAAACGAAGGAGAGAACUGAAGGCAAUGUGAAAGUGACAACGGGUGUGGGAAAUCCAGCAGCACUUCAUAAGAAGACUAGUAUGGUGCGUGCAGAUCUUGUCAACCUUGCGGAUUUAGACAUUGCUUUGAAUAGGGUUCAUAGCAAACUACCUAAUUCUGCAGAGGCAGCUAGUGCAGAACCUCCUGGUCCUGUGGAGGAAUGGGAGAUUAAUCCUCGAGAGAUCACUUUAAAGCAUAUGAUUGCUCGUGGCACUUUCGGGACGGUACACAAAGGAGUAUACAAUGGCCAGGAUGUCGCAGUGAAGCUACUUGAAUGGGGCGAGGAGAACACUAUGAAGAAAUCCGAGGUCCAAUAUUACAGAAACCAAUUCAGACAAGAGGUGGCUGUUUGGCAUAAGCUCGACCACCCUAACGUCACGAAGUUCAUCGGGGCAUCGAUGGGGAACUCGGAUUUGCGAAUCCCCUCAGCUGUGGACGGUGACGACGGAUUCCAUCAUGUGCCGAAUAAUGCCUGUUGUGUUGUCGUUGAGUUCCUUGCAGGCGGGACCCUGAAAGAUUUUCUCAUUCGCCACCGGCGGCGAAAACUCUCGUACAAAGUGGUGGUAGAACUCGCCUUGGAUGUGGCUCGAGGGCUCGCAUAUCUCCACUCUCAGAAGAUUGCUCAUCGUGAUGUGAAGACAGAGAACAUGUUGCUUGACAAACAAAGGAGAGUGAAAAUUGCCGACUUUGGAGUUGCAAGAGUGGAGGCUUCCAACCCCAAGGACAUGACUGGCGACACCGGCACUCCGGGAUACAUGGCUCCAGAGAUCCUUGACGGCAAGCCCUACAACAAGAAGUGCGAUGUGUACAGUUUUGGGAUCUGCCUGUGGGAGGUUUACUGUUGCGACAUGCCCUAUCUGAACCUUUCCUUUGCAGACAUGACUUCGGCUGUUGUGCAUCAGAACUUGAGACCCGAGAUGCCCAAGUGCUGCCCUAGUGGCCUUGCCGACAUUAUGAAGAGGUGUUGGGAUGCGAAUCCUGAGAAACGGCCUGCAAUGGCUGAUGUAGUGAAGAUGCUGGAAGCGCUGGACACCUCCAGAGGAGGAGGUAUGAUUCCUGCCGACGCUCAGCCGCAUGGAUGUCUCUGUUUUGGAAGAUACAAGGGCCCAUAGCAACUUCUUCUUCUCCUCCUGCUCCUCCUCCUCCCUCUUCUGCUUCUUCUUCUUCUUCUGCUGCUGUUGCUUCUUUUAUUAGACGUAGAAAAUGCAUGAUCAUAAUUAUGGAAGCAUUUUGUCUCCCCUGGUUUCGUUUCAAGCAUGGCUGCUUGACUUUGCAUCGUCAGAAACCUGGUGUAGAAACUAUAUUCCGUAUAAUUUAGCAGGAAAGUUUGUGCCCACAACGUUUUUAUGAUAAGCAAUUUGCUUUCUGUCGGAGUAGAAUCUUUCACCUUUGUAAUGUAACUAUUUGACUUGGAAGUCAUCGAUCACUUGUGUGCUCGAACCGGCCCUCUUUUUGGUUUCUCCUUU